AUGUUCUGUGAUGUUGAGCAAGGUAGAUUCUCUUUGCCUUUUGCAAGUACCAGGCGCUUCAAAAGGCAAGAUGUGUGCGCGUCUCAGUGCCGAUAUCGCGGCUCCGCUUUUCGCGGAGGCCUCGCCGGUCGUUGUCUUGAGGUAUUUUCUACCUGUGAAUGCCAUAUAAGGGGUCCGCAGGGCAUUGUAGAGCUCUAUGAUGAGGAUGGGCGUAAAAGUAGUAAAGGUGCCGCCUCAUUAGGAGCUUUUUUGUCUUUCCGAGGGAAUGAAUUCGACUCCGAUAAGACGGUCAUUCGCCGGGAGGCCUACGUAGAGGCGAUAGACAGCAACAGCUACAAGUUAAGGUACAUGGUAGAGAUCGCUGGGCUUUGGACGCUUUCCGUGCAUCUUCCUUCUGGGGAGCAUAUCGCAGUGUCUCUGAGGCUGAAUCGAUGCAGGCGUGCCGCAGAAAGGCUAUUCAUCGCAACAGAAGGUAAACGCCAACUUUGCAUCCGCAAAGCGGUUCAGGAGUUUAUUAUUACUGCAAGGGAUAACUUCGGCAACAAGCUUAGUACGGGGGGGACGCCCUUCGUAGCCUCAUGCAUCGGAGCGGGGAAGUUGAUAUCGGUUUUCGACUGCAAGAACGGUCAACAUCGGGUGAUAUGUGACGCGGAGCCCACGAGUUCUUUCAGCCAGUUGCGCGUAACUUUGAUGGGAAAGGACAUAUCAAACUCCCCCUUCGUCUUGUCGUCACAGCCCCAAACUACAGCAUCAGCCUCUGAACCGGACCGUUUUUUGGUUGAGCUAGGCAAAUUAAAGACGCAAUCUGCGAAGAGCAAUGCGUUGUGCAAAGCGUACGAGCGGCUUUCCGCAUCUCUCGUGAAAGAACAGCGUGAAGCUACGAAAUCAUAUCACUCCACAAGGCUGCAAAUCGUCCACACGCUGCCAGUCAAGUUCACCAUCGAGGACCCUGAUCCUACGCUUGGAGCUAAGCGGCAGGAUCUGAUUGCGCGGCACAACCGCCUUACUGCAGAGAUUGAGGAAUUAUCGGCCAAGGUGCGUGCCGCGGAGACGGUGCGUAGAGAGGUGCUGGAAAACCUUGUGGAGCGUUACGAUACAUCGACCAAGCUUCACAAGGAGGCGGUGGAUGCAUACAAGGUUGUUUGCCGUGAAAUUGGAGAGCUGACGUCUUCGACUAAGGAGCACCGGCGACUAGCGGAUGCAUUACGUAGCGGGGACCCGGAAGCCGUUAGGAAAGUGCAGGACAUGCACACGAUGGAAGACACUGUCGCUGCUUACUAUCGUGGUACCGAAAAGGCUGAGAAUACCAGGCAGCGCAUCCAACUAGUCAGCCGCCAGUACAUGUCCAGCGAGAUAGCGUCUAACAUGAUCUCAACGACCCCCGACCGCCCUAACACCCCGGCGUUCUGGAUGAUGGAAGGGCGAUUUAAGCCGGCAAAUAAGGUACAAAAUGUCUAG